AUGCUUCAAAUUGAAUCAAAUGCUCAAACAAUAAUACGAUUAAUUGAAGAAUUAUUAUCAGUAUCAAGAACUUUAAAAGAAAGUUGGAUCUUGGGUCAAUUACCUGAAUCAAGAGAAGUUGAGGAUCCAACUAUUGGUAUAAGUGAAAAGAUUAAUAAAGUUUUGGAUAAUGUAUUGAAUAGUACAAAAUUUGAAGAAGAGGAAGAAGAAGAGGAGGAAGAAGAAGAGGAAGAAAAGGAUGAUGAUGAUGAAAAAGAUGAUAAAGAAGAUGGAAAAGAUGAAGAAAAGGAAAAAGAGAGUGUAGAAAUCAAGACUGAAUCUAAUGAUGACCAAAAGAAUCAAGAAGAAUCAAUUAAAAAAGAAGAUGAAUCUAAAUCAAUUGAUAUUAAAGAAGAAAAUAAAUCUGAUCAAACACCACAAAUUGAAGUCAAACAAGAAUCAACAGAGAAUGUACAAAAUGAACAAAAGCCAAAUCCUCAACAAGACCAACAACAGGACCCACAAGAUCAACAACAAUCAAAUGAAUAUGAUUUAUCGAAUAAUAAUAUGAUUGAUAAUUUAGGAGAUUCAAAUUUUAAUGAUUUAGAUUUUGAUAAUUUUGAUCAUUUAAAUUCAAAUGAAAACAAUGAUGAUGAUAUUAUAAUGUUGGAUUAA